CCUGGGACACACCCCUGGGAAUGAAUGAAGGAAUGAGGGAAGACUGUGGCCCGUGGCCCGCUGAGGGGGGGAAAUUAACCUCCGCGGAUGUGUGUCUCUUAUCCCCAGGCUCCGGAGUGAUGUCCUCGGGGUUGGCCGUGUGGUGUCUCCUGCUCCUGCCCACCGGAGCUCACGGCUUCGGAAUACUGCCCGGGAAGUCCCUGAACCACCUGGAAAUCACCGAGAGCGCGAUCCUAGACACCGCGGUGCGGGCGUGCCGCGCUCUGGCUCACGCCGACGGGGCGGGCUUCACCUCCCCGGCACGGCCCUUCACUGCCCAGGCCGUCGCCGCCGCCUGCGACGCCCCGAAGUCGGCGAAGAGUUUCGGCCACGCCAUCACGUCCAUCACGCUACGCAACAUACGGGUGGACAUCCGCCAUGCCCUGAAUGCGAGCUUCCACUUCGACGACGAAAUGUUUGUCCAAGGCAGGAGAAUCAUCACGGAGGGAAUCGGGGUCGUCAAGGCGAGCAACAAGGCGGGGAACUUUGAGGCGGCGAGGCAGAAGCUGGGAGAGAUUUUGCAUCCUUUACAGGACUUCUACAGCCACAGCAACUGGGUGGAGCUGGGGAACACGGUCCCCAACCCCGGUUUGAUCAGGCCGGACGCCCACCUCGGCAACAUGGCAGACGAAGGCAGGGCGACCUGCCGCAGCUGCGACGGAGACGACUGCCGCGGCAACAUUUUGGAGGAUGUCAUCGAGGAGAGGGUACUGACCUCCGGGUAUUUUGGCGUCGUACCUUUUCUCUCAACCAAGCCAAAAAGGAAAUGCAGCCACGGAGGAGCAGUAGAUCAAACAAGUACCAUCGAGCCUAAAGGUGGGAUCAACAAAGACACUUUUGAUUCCAGUCACGGACAUCUCCACGCUGAGGCAGCAAAUGUGGCGAUAACUGCAACCAGUGAGCUACUAGAGGACCUUCGAGCGGCUGCCGGUGAUAGGCCAUUCCUCCAGAUGAUGGGAAUCUCCAAAGGUUCCAGUAAAGCCCUGUGCUUUGUGAUCGACACCACAGGAAGCAUGAGCGACGACAUUGAGGCAGUGAGGACCGUCACUUCCUCUAUAAUCGACCAUAGCGUGGGAACAGAUGAUGAGCCCUCACUUUACAUUCUUGUACCAUUUAAUGAUCCAGAAUUCGGGCCGCUGAUAAAGACUACAGACCCGAAUGUCUUUAAGAACGUUAUUAAUUCGCUAUCAGCGACUGGUGGAGGAGAUACGGCGGAACUGAGUCUCUCUGGGCUUCAGCUGGCUCUAAGUGGCGCUCCUUCAAAUUCUGAGAUCUUCCUCUUCACGGAUGCGCCCGCUAAAGACAAACAGCUAAAAAGCACAGUGAUCGCACUCAUAGAGCGGACUCAAACAGUGGUGAACUUCCUGAUUACCGACUCAACGGUGAUCAGUCGCCGGAGACGCAGUGACGACGUCCAGCAACGGCACAGAGGGAUAACGGCAUCGGACGCCCAGCUGUACAGAGACCUGGCUCAGGCCUCAGGAGGUCAGGUUAUUGAAGUCACAAAGAGUGAGCUCCCCGUGGCCACCAGCAUCAUUACAGAGUCCUCCAGCUCCUCUCUGGUGACCAUUCUGCAAGCAGCCAGGAGCCCGGGGAAGGCCGAUAAUUUCUCUUUUAUAGUAGAUGAAACGGUGAUAAACCUCACGGUUUACAUCACUGGGCGCGCCGUCACUUUCACUCUCAUCAGCCCCAAAGGUGAAUCUCAGCAAAGCACCGACACAACAGGACCAUUGAUCACUGCAUCCCAGUCAGUGGGAAACUUCAAGACUCUGCGGCUAAAGAGAGAAGUUGGACUGUGGGAAAUGAGAAUGGCGUCGACUAAUCCCUACACCCUGAAGGUCAUAGGCCAGAGUCCUAUUGACUUCCUGUUUGACUUCGUGGAGGCAUCGCAGGGUCCGUUCACAGGAUUCGAUGCCCUUGACACACGUCCCAGAGCUGGUGUCAGCGGCAGCCUGCUGGUGUCUUUGACCGGGAGUGACUCUGCCACCCUGACAGAAGUGGCUCUGAUUGAAUCAGCAGGGUCUGAGGAGAUUAAAGGGGUGGUGGAGCCACAGGGCAGUGGCAGGUUCUUGGUCCAGGUUGACCGGAUACCAUCAGUGGAGUUUGUUGUGCGGGUGAAGGGGCAGAAUGGCAGCGUCUCCAGCAGGGCUUCAUCAAUAAUCUUCCAAAGGCAGUCACCUAUCAACUUCAGAGCCUCCAAUCUCACUAUCACCGCGGAUUCAAACAGCAUCUUAGUACCGGGAACACCGUUCUCUGUGCCCUUCUCUGUGAUGACCAAUGGAACAGGGGGAAAUUUCACCAUCCGAGCCACCAACAACCAACGUUUUGACUCAACAUCUCCAACCAGUUUAUUCCUAGAAACUGGAAACAGCACUAAUGGUACAGUGACUCUCUCAGCACCUCUUAACACCCCAUCCGGUACCGAUGUCACCCUGACCAUUGAGGCCGAGGCUCCGGGGGGCGAAGACACCAACUAUGUUGUGAUGCUUUUCUCUAUCGUUAACACGGUGACCGAUUUCACUCAGCCGGUGUGUCAGAUUCUCAGCGUGCAGUCCAAGUGCUCUGAAAACUGCAGCUUAUCCACCUGGGAGCUCUCCGUGCGGGUGACUGAUGGGGCUGAAGGGACGGGCGUUGAGCGCGUCAGCCUCAGACAAGGCAACGGGACCAUGAACACCAGUCUGGCUGCUGGCAACGAGAACAUAACGCUGGUGUCCUAUAGUGCAUCUUGCUGUGCACCUGAUAUGGAGCUGCUGGUUGUGGAUCGGGUGGGUAAUGUAGGCUCCUGUUUCUACACCCUCCGGGAAGAUUCACCAGCUGCCAUCUCUUUGUCCACCAAAGUCACUCAGUCGCUCUUUCUUCUCCUAAGCAUGGUGCUACUAGUACUAAAUCCCCUCCACUAGGAACAUUCAGUGACUCCAAACAACUGUUUUCAGGAAAGCUCUGAUGAGCCCCCCUCUACGCUAGAAUUGCAACCUGAUGGGUCCUGACAAAGGGUUUCAGGUUGGGAUUGGGGCGUUUUGUUAUGGGUUUUUUUUUUUUUGUCUGUUUUUUGUAAAGCUUCAGGCUCCGGUUAGGCUCAGGCUGGAUUAUUUUCAAGCCUAACUUGAAGAGAAAAGUCUCCCGCUCUCGUUCUCUCUCUAACUCCGCCAACUGUCUGUGUCAAUGCAUUGCAAGUAGAUACACCAUGCCCACUGGGAAGAAGCACGUGAGACAGCGGGAGCCAAUGUGUUACGUUACUCUGGUGAGACAGCGGCCGGUAAUAGAGAGACGUCAGACAUCUGUUUAUACUACACUGGGUGUCUCAAUACACAGACGUGUUCACAUGUUGCAUCCAGACGGUCAUACUAUGGGCUACAUGUAGACCCUAGUGUACUGAGGCGAAUGACAACAUUUAUGUGUAAUAAAUCUUAGCAAAGAAGUGGCUGUGGAAAAUACAAAUUGAGCUUAAGUAGGCAGCUGUUAGUUAAUCUGUUAUAUCAAAUUUAUAAGGUGAUAAUCAAGUCAAGUUGUUUUUUUUUUGUUUUUUUUUUAAGUUUCUCUUCCUCCUAGUGGCAAAAUUAAUUAAAGCAGCUUUAAAUCACAAACGGAUUUUCAUGUGCCUGCAUCACUGGGGGUUUAGCUACUGCUUUUAUUAGAUGUAGUUUGUCCUUAGAAAAAUCAGAGGAAAUGGCUUUUGUGCUUUGCCUGCUAUUCAGUGAAUGUAUUUCUUUGUUUAUAAGCCAACUUAAAUCCUAAAAUUUAAAAAAAAAGAAAUCCUACUCCAAGGAAAAACCAGUUGCUCCCAUGGGAAGCAAGUAGUCCUUUGCCUGCGCUCCGGACCUCCAGCCAGCUCAUCGUCUGUUUCCACUCAUGCGCGUGGAUGCACACUCAUUGGGACGGUUAAAGACCAGCUGGUCUCUGUGUAGCCUCUCACAUGUGAGGGGUGUCCAGCACCUCUAGAUGGCAGGUGAUAAUUUCUCAUCAGGAAAGAUCUGGGAAAUGCUGUAACAACAGAUGGAAAUGGCAGACUUUUUUCUUUUUUUUUUUUUAAAAAAACACUUUUUUUUUUUUUUUUUAUUGUUUGGCGACAAGUUCAACAAUUUUU